AUGGAGGGCAGACCAGUAGGGACACAGAAAGAGCUCGGAGAUGUGCCCAAGACUGCUGUAGGCAGACCAGUAGGGACACAGCAAGAGCUCGGAGAUGUGCCCAAGACUGCUGUAGGCGGACCAGUCGGGACACAGAAAGAGCUCGGAGAUGUGCCCAAGACUGCUGUAGGCACACCAGUAGGGACACAGCAAGAGCUCGGAGAUGUGCCCAAGAUUGCUGUAGGCGGACCAGUCGGGACACAGAAAGAGCUCGGAGAUGUGCCCAAGAUUGCUGUAGGCAGACCAGUAGGGACACACCUGUCCAGCCUGGGUCCGAGCAGUGACUGUGGGAGCAGCUCAGAGGGGCUCUCCCUGGAGCCGGAGCCGGAGUCCGAGCGGGAGCCGGAGCCGGAGCCGGACCCCAUCAUCGACCCUACGGUGGCCCAGAGACUGUGCAGUGACUGUGGGAGCAGCUCAGAGGGGCUCUCCCUGGAGCCGGAGCCGGAGCGGGAGACGGAGACGGAGCGGGAGCCGGAGCCGGACCCCAUCAUCGACCCUACGGUGGCCCAGAAGGCGUGCCAGGAAGUGCUGCAGAAGCUGAGGACCAUGGGAGUGCUCAACCAGGGCGAAGGCGACAACCAGGACAGCCUCAAUCCCCCCCCUUCCCCCUGCGGCACAGGCAAUGGGCCGGUCCACCUGGAGGUGGUGGAGACGGGAGAGGAGGAGGACGCGGCGGUCCACCUGGAGGUGGCGGAGACGGGAGAGGAGGAGGACGCGGUGCCCGCAGAUCAGCUGGUGAUGGGAGAGUGGGAUGAGAAGGAAGAGGUGCCCGCAGAAGAGACGGGCGUGAGGGUGCGUCAUCACCAAUCGUCAUCAUCGCCCCCAUCGUCACCACUACCACCAGUGUCAUCAUCAUCAUCAUCAUCAUCAUCAUUGUCUACCUCCUCUUCCUCCUGCUCCACAUCCAAGCAGUCCUGGCUGCUGCGUCUCUUCGAGUGCAAACUCUUCGACGUCUCCAUGGCGAUCGCGUACCUCUACAAGUCCAAGGAGCCCGGCGUGCAGGCCUACAUCGGCAACCGCCUCUUCAGCUUCCCCGAGCCGGAGGUGGACUUCCACCUGCCGCAGCUGCUCAACAUCUACGUGCACAUGGACGAGGAGCUGGGCGAGGCCAUCCGGCCGUACCUGCUGCUGCGCUGCGCCCAGAGCGUGGCCUUCUCCAUGCAGUGCGCCUGGCUGCUGGGCGCCUACUCCGCCGACAUGCACAUCUCCACGCAGCGCCACUCGCGCGGCAACAAGCUGCGCAAGCACAUCAUCUCCAACCUGCUGCAGCCGCCGCCGCCGCCGCCGCAGGGGCGCCAGGGGGAAGUGGUGGCCGCCGCCUCGCCCCCCGGAAGCCCGUCGGACAGGUACCUGUCGCCGCUCAAGGCCCCCCGCCACCAGAGGUCGAAAUCGGACGUGGCCGGGGGGGUCAGAGGUGGAAUGAAGAGGGCCGGCAGCAACCCCAGAGUGGAGGGAGGCAUUGAGGAGCCGGUGCGUCUGACCCCUCAGAGGGAGUUCAUCAAGUCCCUGAUGGUGAUCGGGAAGCGUCUGGCCACGCUGCCCACCAAGGAGCAGAAGACGCAGCGGCUGAUCUCGGAGCUGUCGCUGCUCAACCUCAAGCUGCCCGCGCGCAUCUGGCUGCCCACCGCCGCCGUCCACCACCACGUGGUGCGCAUCCCACACACACAGGCCGUGGUGCUCAACUCCAAAGACAAGGCUCCGUAUCUCAUAAACGUGGAGGUGCUGGAGUGUGAGAGCUUUGAGACGUCCCCAGUCCCCGCUCGUAUCCCGGAGACGCGGGUCCGCGGCACCUGCUCCACGGAGAACCUCCCUGACUGUGGCGUGGCGGCCGAGGGGCGGCCGGGCGGAGGAGUGGUUACCACGGUAUCCAACUAUGACAACGAUGACGAGGCCUGGGCUGUGGAUGACAUAGGCCAACUACAGGUGGAGCUCCCAGAAGGCUACACCAGCAGCUGUGACAACUUAUCUCAGUUCUCAGUGGACAGCAUCACCAGCCAGGAGAGCAAGGAGCCCGUCUUCAUCGCUGCCGGCGACAUCCGGCGACGUCUGUCAGAGAACCUCGCACACACCCCCACAACGUUCCGGAGGGACCCAGAGGACCCGUCAGCAGUGGCACUGAAGGAACCCUGGGAGGAGAAAGUGAGGCGGAUCAGAGAGUGCUCUCCAUACGGUGGCCUGCCCAACUGGAGGCUGCUGUCCGUCAUUGUGAAGUGUGGGGAUGACCUGAGGCAGGAGCUACUGGCCUACCAGGUGCUCAGCCAACUGCAGAGCAUCUGGGAGCAGGAGCGCGUUCCCCUGUGGAUCAAGCCGUAUAAGAUCCUGGUGGUGUCGUGCGACAGCGGCAUGAUCGAGCCGGUGCUGAACGCCGUGUCGCUGCACCAGGUGCGCAAGCAGAGCCUGCUGAGCCUGAUGGACUACUUCCUGCAGGAGCACGGCGGCCCCACCAGCGAGGGCUACCUCACCGCCCAGAGGAACUUCGUCCACAGCUGCGCCGGAUACAGCCUCAUCUGCUACCUGCUGCAGGUCAAAGACAGACACAAUGGGAAUAUUCUCCUGGAUUCGGAGGGCCACAUCAUUCACAUUGACUUCGGCUUCAUUCUGUCCAGCUCCCCACGCAACCUGGGCUUCGAGACGUCCGCCUUCAAGCUCACCAGCGAGUUUGUGGACGUGAUGGGUGGACUAGGUGGGGACAUGUUCAACUACUACAAGAUGCUGAUGCUGCAGGGGCUGAUCGCCGCACGCAAACACAUGGAGAAGGUGGUGCAGAUCGUGGAGAUCAUGCAGACAGGCUCCCACCUGCAGUGUUUCCACGGCUCCAGCACGGUGCGUCAGCUGAAGGAGCGCUUCCACAUGAGCCUGACGGAGGAGCAGCUCCAGGUGCUGGUGGACCAGAUGGUGGACGCCUCUAUGCGCUCCAUCACCACCAAGCUCUACGACGGCUUCCAGUACUUCACCAACGGCAUCAUGUGAACACACACACACACACACACACACACACACACACACACACAUUCAUAUACACACACACACACUCAUGAACUUACUCGUAUAUUCAGACACACCAGCAGGUCCGCACGCUCAUAAACAAAGCUGUGCUGUACAGCUGAUUGUAGCGGUUUGUGCAACAGCAUCACACACACACACACACACACACACACACACACACAAGCAAGCAAGCAGGUCUGCACACUCAUAAAUAAAGUGCUGCACUGCACUGCUGGUCUACACAGUUUACCCAGCAGCUCCAUAUUAACACAAGCAUACAAACACACACACACACACACACACACACACACACACACACACACACCUUUCAGUGCCUGUGGAGUAGGCAGCAGUCUGCCACCCUUAACCACAUCCAGCUGUAUGGGAAUGACUAGCCAACCUGAUGAUGAAACACACAUCCAGUCUCCAUGAAGUUUGUGUCUACUAAACGUCCAACCUUUACUCCCAUCAUCCAGUGUGACUGAGGGAGCUCCUGUCCGGAGGACACCCAGGCAGUCGUCAUCUCUGCUCACUGUUCAGUGUGAACACACACACACACACACACACACACACACAGGCCGUUUCACAUACACACACACAUAUACACGUUCACAGAGACACAAUACUGUUCUUUUGGACCAAGAGCAUCUAAGGCUCCUAACGUCAGUCCAGACUAUGCUGUAUAGAAAGACUUUCUCUCGUUCUUUGUCACUUUUCAAGUGACAGAAAAGACAUCACCGUCCCACACGCACAUACACACACACACACACACACACACACACACACACACACACACACACGCACAUACACACAGAGGCAAGACUGUUCUUCUUUGACAAGAGCAGUUAAGGCAUUUCAGAGACGGCGUGAUUGUGAGAUGGUACGAUCCCUGUGACCGCGGGAUGG